UGCAGGAGGCAUAAAAGGACCAGGAGGGGCCCUCACAGCACUGCUCUUCCAGAGGCAGACAGACCAAAGAUGAGCGCCCUGAGAGCUGUUGUCGCCCUCCUGCUCUGCGGGCAGCUGUUUGCCGUGGAGCUCAGCACUGAGGCCACCGCUAUUGCAGAUGACGGCUGCCCAAAGGCCCCCGAGAUCGAAAACGGCAAUUUGGAACACUCAGUCCGCUAUCAGUGUAAUACAUACUACAGACUACGCACUGAAGGAGAUGGCGUGUACACUCUAAACAGUGAGAAGCAGUGGGUGAAUAGCGUCGUUGGAGAGACACUUCCUGAAUGUGAAGCAGUAUGUGGAAGGCCUAAGAAUCCAGUGAAUCAGGUGCAGAGGAUCAUUGGUGGAUCACUGGAUGCCAAAGGCAGCUUUCCCUGGCAGGCUAAGAUGAUCUCGCGCCACAAUCUCAUCACGGGGGCUACGCUGAUCAGUGAAAAAUGGCUGUUGACCACAGCAAAAAAUCUCUUCCUGAAUCAUACAGCUGAUGCACAACCAAAGGACAUUGCACCCACUUUAAAACUCUACGUGGGGAAACAUCAGCUUGUGGAGAUUGAGAAAGUGGUUCUCCACCCUAACUACACCAGUGUAGACAUUGGGCUCAUCAAACUCAAACAUAAGGUGCCAGUAAAUGAGAGAGUCAUGCCCAUUUGCCUCCCUUCCAAGGACUAUGCAGAAGUGGGACGUGUGGGUUAUGUGUCUGGCUGGGGCCGGAAUUCCAUGUUUAACUUUACGACGCACCUGAAGUAUGUCAUGCUGCCCGUGGCUGACCAAGAAAAGUGUGUAAAGCACUAUGAAGGCAGCGUAGUAGCGGAGAAGAAGGAACAAAAGAGUCCUGUCGGGGUGCAGCCCAUACUGAAUGAACACACCUUCUGUGCCGGCAUGUCCAAGUUUGAGGAAGACACCUGCUACGGCGAUGCUGGCAGCGCCUUCGUGGUCCAGGAUGAUGACACCUGGUAUGCAGCCGGGAUCCUGAGCUUUGAUAAGAGCUGCGCUGUGGCUGAAUAUGGGGUGUACGUGAAGGUGCCCUCCAUACUGGACUGGGUUCGGAAGACCAUGGCUGAGAGCUAAUGCCAGGCCACUGGAAGCCCUUGGCUGAGAGCAGGAUUUCUCUCCGGGGGAGGGCAAACUGGAUGGGAGGGGCAGGGAGGAAACCUGGCCUGAAGCUGUGGGAAGCCAGCUCUGCACUGCUGAGUCACUCAAUAAACAGUGCUCUUUUGACUUGUU